AUGUACUCGACAUCCCCAUCUUCGUCUUCGAUGGCAUCGUCGUCAGGUCGCUCAUCGCCUGAGCACCACCCGCAGCAGCAGCAGACACUGCAAUCGCAACGCAGCAACUCGUUCCUCCUGCCGCAAUUUUUCUUUCCUCAGACCAACAACAACGCCAACGCCACCUCGGAACAUCCGUCGCAUCCCGUCACAAAUGCACUCCUCUCACAACCUCCGCGUCGAACCAGCUUCGGCGCUGGCUUCUCCAACAGCGGCCGCCUGUCUGCGCUGAGCGCGUUCGGGUUCAUGUCUUCCUCGCCUGGUUUGAGCACUUCGCCUCCCACCUCUAUGGCCGGAGCUGCCGAACUGUCAAAACGCACAGGAAGUGCCGUUGGAUCGCCUGCCUCGGAAUCGCUGCCGAGUUGGCCCUCAAGCGCAUCUGCACAGCAGAGCAGCAGUAAUGCGACGCCGAACCCGGCCCCUGCUGCUGCCUCUCCCGCGCCUCCUUCGAAACGCCACCUCUGCUUCCCCGACGGUAUGGGCGGCACCGUCUGCGUCGAGGCCAAGGAUCGCAGUCGCCGCGGUUCGACCGUCAAUUGA